AUGGAUUAUGCCAUGAAAUCUCUGAGCUUUCUCUCCCCACGAUCUUUGUCCAGGUGCGUGUCUGCUGGUUCCACCUCUGUGACCCCAAAGCAAUGGGCCAUGCCUGCUCCCCAUGCCCGGCCUUAUCGAGUGAGCAACUGGGACCGCACCUUACGCAAGGGGAUCAUGGCAGAGAGCUUAAGGGACCUGCUUGAGAAGGUACAUCUUUCAUUGCCAGUGGUGGGGACCAUCACCCUUGUCCUGGAUGAGGAUGGCACCAUGGUUGAAACAGAGGAGUUCUUCCAAACACUGCAGGAAGGCACAGUGUUCCUGGUGCUGACCAAAGGGCAAUCCUGGUAUCCAGUGCAGACUGCAGGCUACCAGCUUGCCCUAUCCCACAAACCUCACCACAGGCAUGAUGUGGCCUGCGUGACCUUCGACCUAUACAGGACCAAUCCAGAGGACUUCAUUGGCUGCCUGAACUUCAAAGCCACGCUGUAUGGUGCAUACAGCAUCUCCUAUGACAUGCGUUGCUACGGGGCCAAGAGGCUCAUAAAGGAAGCCCUGCGUUGGACACUCCUUACGAUGCAAGCGACAGGUCAUGUCCUCAUUGGCAGUUCCUGUUAUGUGCAGCAGCUGCUAGAUGCCACUGAGGAAGGAAGGAAAGGUGGCGAGGACUCCCCCAUGGCUCUGAGCAAGUUCUGCCCACUUCCUGCCCGGAAGAUGUUGCAAUGA